CUUUCACCAAACCCCAAACUUGAAGAUGAACAGCCGGUCGUUUUUCUUCUCAUUUUCCUUCUUUGUUGUCUUAGCAGGGGCAGCAGCUGGUGCUGCUGCUGCUCCUUUGCCUGCUGCAGAUAACCUGUUGCACCGUAAUGCCAUAGGUUUGCUCAGAAAGAGCUUUCCAGAGGGUUUUGUGUUCGGAACGGCAACAUCGGCAUAUCAGGUGGAAGGAAUGGCAGAUAAAGAUGGUAGAGGACCUAGCAUAUGGGAUGUUUUUGUCAAAAUUCCAGGUAAAAUUGCUAACAAUGCUACUGCUGAAGUUGCUGUGGAUCAGUAUCAUCGGUAUAAGGAGGAUAUUGAUCUAAUGCAUGAGUUGAACUUUGAUGCUUAUAGAUUUUCAAUUUCGUGGUCAAGAAUUUUCCCAAAUGGAACUGGGAAAGUGAAUCAGAAAGGAGUGGAUUAUUACAAUAGGUUGAUUGACUCGUUGCUCGAGAAAGGAAUUACUCCGUACGCAAAUUUAUAUCACUAUGAUCUCCCCCAAGCGCUUCAGGAGAAAUAUGGAGGUUUACUGAGUAUGAAAGUAGUCAAAGACUUUGCCAAUUUUGCGGAUUUUUGUUUCAAAACAUUUGGGGACAGAGUUAAGAACUGGAUGACUUUCAAUGAACCAAGGGUGAUAGCAUCUCUUGGAUUCGACAAUGGCAUUAAUCCUCCUUGUAGAUGUUCAAAGGAAUUUGGAAACUGUACAGCUGGAAACUCUGCAACUGAGCCUUACAUUGCUGCUCAUCACUUGAUUUUAGCUCAUGCUGCAGCGGUCAAAAGAUACCGUCAUAAAUAUCAUGCCAAUCAAAAGGGAAGAAUUGGAAUACUGCUGGACUUUGCCUGGUUUGAACCUCUAACAAGAUCAAGGGCUGACAACCAAGCAGCUCAAAGAGCAAGAGACUUUUCUCUUGGAUGGUUCUUGCACCCACUUGUAUACGGUGAGUAUCCAAGAACAAUGCAAGAAAUCGUCGGAGAAAGGCUUCCAAAGUUCAAUAAAAGGGAGAUAAACAUUGUUAAAGGCUCCUAUGAUUUUAUUGGUAUCAACCAAUAUACGACAUACUACAUGUAUGAUCCACAUCAGCCUAAGCCCAAUGUGACUGGUUACCAACAGGACUGGAAUGUUGGCUUUGCUUUUGAAAAGAAAGGAGUCCCUAUUGGUCGCCGGGCACACUCCUUCUGGCUCUAUGAAGUUCCAUGGGGUAUCUACAAGGCUAUAACAUAUGUAAAAGAGCGUUACGGGAACCCUAAUGUAAUUCUAUCAGAAAAUGGAAUGGAUCAACCUGGAAAUGUCACGCUGCAGGAAGGCUUGAAUGAUGGGGAGAGAAUACACUACUACAGAGGAUAUUUAACCAAACUAAAGAAAGCCAUUGAUGAAGGAGCAAAUGUUACUGGUUAUUUUGCGUGGUCAUUGCUUGACAACUUUGAAUGGUUAUCAGGAUAUACAUCUAGGUUUGGCAUAGUUUAUGUUGAUUAUGAAGACAACCUCAAAAGAAUCCCCAAGAUGUCAGCAAAUUGGUUUAAGAAACUGCUUCAUAGAGAGAAGUAUUAGGUUUGGCUGGUAGACGGUUUGGUUCUUGUUUGAUGCAUCCCAUGUUGAAUUUGCUAUUUUAUAAUAUAUGAAUAAUAAUUGAAUAAAUUUUUUUAAUCAAA